CUUCUCCUGCACUUCGAGUCGGAGCCCCGGCAACCCGAUAAGUCCUCCGCGGCUCUGCAGUCGCGCAAUACUGUUCCAUCAAUCAACCGCAGGGACUUUUUUCAUAGGAUAAGCUGGUAAACGAGCAGACGGAUCACCUGAUGGUAAGCAAUCGGCGUCGCCCAUAGACAUCCGGAACACCAGAGGCGUUACAAGUGCGCUACCGGCCUUUCGGAGAUUAAGAAUUUGAGGAUUGUUGGGGAUUCAGGGUAUGGGGAGGUUGGGGAGGGGAGAGGUGUAACUGGGCCUCUAAUAACCUCCCUUACACGAUGAAACAUAAAGCAAGCGUUGUUUCACGUCGUUUUUUCUGUGAGGCCGUGGUAUCACUCCGGUCGAGCCGGCUCAUUCGUGCUGAAGCAUGGCUCUCCCACACUUACACUAGGGAUUAUGGGUUUUAAGGAA